UUUAGAUCUCUCUUGCUCUCUCUCUCAUCAGAUCCCUCUUCCAAAAAGUUUUCUCAGGGUUCAUCAGCAAGGAGAAAUGGGGCUCACCUUCACCAAGCUCUUCAGCCGGCUUUUUGCCAAGAAGGAGAUGCGUAUUCUAAUGGUUGGUCUUGAUGCAGCUGGUAAGACCACUAUUUUGUACAAGAUCAAGCUGGACAAGAACAUGAGCUUCACAGUUUGGGAUGUCGGUGGCCAGGACAAGAUCCGCCCAUUGUGGAGGCACUAUUUCCAGAACACUCAGGGACUUAUCCUUGUCGUUGAUAGCAAUGACAGAGACAGAAGGGACGAGUUGCAUAUGAUGUUGAAUGAGGAUGAACUUCGUGAUGCUGUGCUACUUGUAUUUGCUAACAAACAAGAUCUUCCGAAUGCAAUGAAUGCUGGUGAGAUAACUGAUAAGCUUGGUCUCCACUCUCUCAGGCAGCGCCAUUGGUACAUCCAGAGCACCUGUGCAACCUCUGGAGAGGGUCUUUAUGAAGGGCUUGAUAACAACAUUGCUAACAAGGCAUAAAGCAAUUCAGAGCUCAUGUGUGUUGAUAUCCUGGAUGCAGGCAGGGACUUCUGAAAUGGCUUUGUAAUACACUGGUUGGAUAUAUAUAAACAAUGGCUAGCUUCUUAUUAACAUUGUUGGAUUAAUGGUCAAAGACUUGAAUUAGACGUCUCGCCCUGUUCUCGUUGUCAUUGGUUAUCAAUGUUGUGCUAUUCUCAAGUGUUUUGGGAUUUAUAAGUUUUUUUUGUUAGACAAUGUGAUUUGUUUAUCAUUGUUAAUUUAAGGGCAAAGUACAAUUUUGGUCCGUCAAUUAUUUGUUAGGUUGAAAUGUAAGAAUUGUUUUUCAAUUA